AUGGGCUCGGAGCAGAUUGCAGACUCCUUGCCCCCAGGACUCCUGGAGUGGGAGAUGAGACAUCGGGGAUGGCACGACGAGAUAGAGACAACCAUCGCCGAUUUUGUUCACAAGUAUGACCUUUGCGAUUGUGUCGCCACGGAGAGCAGCCACCAGACAGAUUCGUUUCGCAUGCGGUUGAUGGUGUAUCCCGCGGGAGAGACAUGCUGGGAUUGCUACGACGAUGACUGUCGCUUGUGUGUGUAUAUGGAAAUGCUUCCUCCAGAGCAGCUCCAAGGCAGCCGAUGGUCCUGUAGGAAUGUGUGCUUCCAGCUGAACAUCUCGACCGAAAAAGGACAAGAGCUUGCAGUCCGGUCCAGCACUUUCGAUUUCACGGACACGUCGCCUUCAGCAGGAUUCGGUGAUGUCGUGGACUUCAAUCAUUACUGCUGCGGCGGCAAGGACCUUGACAUCUCUAUCGAUAAGCUUCAUAUCCGCGGCAAGGCAUUCGUGGGACCGCCGCGCCGCAGCAGGCGCCGGGAGCACACGGAAAUGGUUUUCAAGAGAUCGGAACUUCCAGGCGACGGCGAGCCCAAUUCAACUUUGGCUUCUUGUGAGAUUGGGCCUCCAAACUCAUUGGCCUGGAGGCUUCAUGUGAGUAAGUAUGCCGGCAAUGUUCGAAUUUACAUUGAGAUGACCACAGAUCAUCAAGACCAUUGGGCCGUCAAUGAUGUGCAUUGUACGGCGACACUGCUUGCCGAAGGCUGGUCCCGGGACCGGUCUGCCAGCUUCAACUUCAAUGGGGAUAGGUUCCGCAGCUGUGCGAGAGGGUGGUUCCACGUUUGCCCCGCAGACUGGCUUGACGAGAGAGAAUUUACGGUACAUGCUUCUGUCGAUUUUCCGCUGCUCGCACUUUCCGAAGAUGCGCCUCCUGCCCUUUUCCACGCUCUUGAUUUCAGUGAAGAGUCCGCCCUCUGUAAGAUUCUAUUGGCUGAUGGACCACCGCAGUAUUUCGACAAACGAAUUCUCGUGGCCCGGUCGGAGUACUUCAAGACGAUGCUGACUGGUGCGCAAUGGAAAGAGGGACUUCGCAACGAGAUCGAUCUGACCAAUGAUCCUCAAGCAACAACUGCCACGAUACGGGCAGUGCUGUUGUUCUUGCUCAUGAACACAUUCUGCGCUGAGGGUGAUGUGGAGUUCGCAUUCUCUGUUCGGCGCUUUGCAGAUCGAUGUCGGCUGCAGGGCCUUGUCGAACAGGCAGAUGCGGAGUUGGAGACUUUGCUCUCUGAGAGCAACGUCCUCAUGUUCAUGAAGCAGGUGCAUGGAAGUGGCAGCCUGCUAGAGAAGAACUGUCAGCAAAUGGUAGAAGCUCAUGAAUGCAGGGUCUUGAAGAUACACAAGGAGGAGCUGACUCAAAUCGCAACUCAGCAUCCAGAUCUGUCUUGCUUUUUGAUGAACUGCCUGCUUCAGCUGGGAACGCCCCCACAGCGCAAGCGUAAAGCUGGCGUUUUUGACUAUAGAUUUUUCUGA